GUUACCUUGACUAAAUGGCGUAAAUACAUUCUGCAAAAUGCCGGAGGAUAAGCCCUCCCCUUCUGAAGUGGUCAAAGCCCUUAAAUGUGGAGUCUGUUGGUCGUAUUUCAACAAACCACACACUCUGAAAUGUGGUCAUAGCUUUUGUUUGAGAUGUCUCUACAAACUGUGCAGAGUUGCACGAGAAAACAGUGAUCAUGUUAUGCUCUCAUUGCUCAAAUUUCCAUGCCCCACAUGUAGGUCACCCAUGCGUGUUCGAUACAUCUUACAGCGUCACGCAUGCGUCAAUUAUGCCAUUCAAGAGUAUGUUAACCAUUGGAAAAAAGAACGAAAUCACGUCCGAGAAAUGCACCAGUUAAAAGUGCGGUCUGUUGGAUGUCAGAACUCAUUUAAUGAAGAGCAGGAUGUCACGCUUGACUGGGAUAAUGAACACUCCCCUGUGUCAGCCGUAGAGUAUAAUCACGUGACCACGAGACUUGACGUCUCGUCCUUUCUGUCAGAUGUCGCCACCAGUGUGUCGUCUGUUUCCUGCGCAGAGGUUUCAGAGGUUGAAAGCGAAUUCACCGUUGAUACAUCCACGGAAGAUUCCGAAGACUUUGACUUCCACAUCGGGAAUCGUGAUGGCCGAGGUCGGUUUAGAGGUCAGGGAGCACGUAUGGCCGUUGUAAAUUUUUUUGAAGACAUUGCUUUCACUUUUCGAGACAUGUUUCGCUCUCCAAAUCGCUCGAUUAUGGCCUUGAUUUGGUGUGGUUAUACGUUUUCAAUAAUGCUCAUUGCCAAUGGUUUCUUUCCUUACAUGAUUCUGUAUAGUUUAUUGUUCAUUCUCAUUCUGUAUGCAGAGACCGUCCAGCAGCGGAGAAGGUGAAUAAAAAAAACAAAAACUAAAAAAGAGAA